GUUUCCCUUGCAUUUAAAGCUUCUUUCUUUCUUUCCCUCUAUGAAUGAGGGAAACAAAAUUCUUAGUCCUUAGUCCUCAUCAUCAAUAUUACCCUCCAUCACCACUUUGCAGUGUACUAUAAUCUUCAAUUCUCAACCAAAAAAAAAAAUAAUUUAUUUUUCAUUUUAUUAUGUUUCUAACACUGGUACAAAGAGAAAGUGUACAACAUUAUUAGUAUCUGAGUUUCCUUUCUUCUUCUUCAAGCUUUUGAAGAAAGAGACAUAUCAAGCUAAGAUCCACCAAGAAGGAAUUUUGGACACAACACUCUUUUUCUUUCUAUUCCUUUUUCUUUGUGGAUAAGAAAGGACAAUGUUGUCUCAGAAACAAGCAGAGGAAGCAAUAGUAGCCACCACCAACAGCUUCAACGAAACAGAACAUGAAGGUGGAGGUGGUGGUGGUGGUGGUGGUGUCAAUGGUGGAACAACAAGGGAAGGAGAAGAGAGAGAACAAGAUCACUCUAUGUUCAGUGUUAAGAGCUUCCUUUGGCAUGGUGGUUCUGUUUGGGAUGCAUGGUUCAGCUGUGCUUCAAAUCAAGUGGCUCAAGUGCUAUUGACUCUGCCAUAUUCUUUCUCUCAAUUGGGAAUGCUCUCUGGGAUUUUGUUUCAAAUAUUUUAUGGCAUAGUUGGAAGUUGGACUGCAUAUCUAAUUAGUGUACUCUAUGUUGAGUAUAGAACCAGAAAAGAAAAGGAAAAUGUUAGCUUCAAGAACCAUGUCAUUCAGUGGUUUGAAGUGCUUGAUGGGUUAUUGGGUCCAUAUUGGAAAGCAGCGGGUUUAGCCUUCAAUUGUACUUUCCUCCUCUUUGGAUCUGUGAUACAGCUUAUAGCAUGUGCAAGUAACAUAUACUACAUAAAUGACAAAUUGGACAAACGAACUUGGACUUACAUAUUUGGAGCUUGUUGUGCAACCACCGUGUUCAUACCUUCGUUCCACAAUUAUCGUAUAUGGUCAUUUCUGGGUCUUGGAAUGACUACUUACACAGCUUGGUACUUAGCCAUAGCAGCACUCAUUCAUGGCCAGGCAGAAAAUGUGACGCACUCAGGUCCAGCAAAGCUAGUGCUUUACUUCACCGGAGCCACUAACAUACUAUACACGUUUGGUGGACAUGCUGUUACUGUAGAGAUUAUGCAUGCCAUGUGGAAGCCUCAAAAGUUCAAGUAUAUAUACUUGUUGGCCACUCUCUACGUUUUCACACUAACGCUUCCUUCUGCUGCCGCCGUUUAUUGGGCGUUUGGUGAUCAGCUUCUUAACCAUUCUAAUGCUUUCUCUUUGCUCCCCAAAAACCGUUUCCGUGACGCCGCCGUUAUCCUUAUGCUCAUCCACCAGUUCAUAACGUUCGGAUUCGCGUGCACGCCGCUGUAUUUCGUAUGGGAGAAGGUGAUCGGAAUGCACGACACAAGGAGCAUAUGUCUAAGGGCACUAGCGAGGCUGCCAGUGGUUAUACCAAUAUGGUUCUUGGCAAUAAUCUUCCCAUUUUUUGGGCCCAUAAACUCAGCUGUUGGGGCACUGCUUGUUAGCUUCACUGUCUACAUCAUACCCUCCUUAGCUCAUAUGCUUACUUACAGAAAAGCCUCCGCCAGACAGAAUGCUGCAGAGAAGCCCCCUUUCUUCAUGCCAAGUUGGACAGCAAUGUAUGUAUUCAACGCAUUCAUUGUGGUGUGGAUAUUUGUGGUUGGGUUUGGGUUUGGAGGAUGGGCCAGCAUGACCAACUUUGUUAGGCAAAUUGACACAUUUGGACUCUUUGCCAAGUGCUAUCAAUGCAAGCCCCCGUUGCCUCCGCCGCAUCCUGCGGCCGUUGCACCACCGCCUCUUCACCGUCAUCACUAGACACCGAGCUGACUCACUCGUCUCUACCAUUGCUACUAAGUAUAUUAUUAGAGUUCAGCUACAAUCACAUUUUCCUUUCAAUACUUUUGUAUCAUAUAUGGGGGAUAGUGGUAAAUACUUCCCCCACUUUUUUAUUUGAUGUGUGCUAGCUGGCUUUUUCUUUUUUCUUUUUUUU